GGAAAUAGUUACGCAAAUCGGACGGUUUGCGCCGGCCAGCUGCAAUCCUGCUCCUCAGCUCACAUCUGCCAAGCAGAACCUCCCCCGCCUCGCCCUGUCCCCGCCCCCUCCGGCGGAGCGGGCCGCCGAUGGCCGCCGUCCACCUCCGCCCAUUCCACCCCCUCGCGCUCCCCGCGGCAAAAACCACCGCCAGUCCCAACCGCCUCCACCUCUCGGCGAAGGCAAGGGCGACGAGUAGAAGCGCCCGCCUCGCCUUGCUCGUGUGCUCCGCUUCCAGCCCCGCCACGCCCGCAGCCCCCUCCUCGUCCUCGUCCCCAGGGGACACGGGUGGCGCAGCGGCGGCCGCGGCCAGGUGGGCCGCGUGGAUCCCGCGCGCCGCGGUGGGCGGGGUCGGCCCGGAGAAGGUCCUCAGGCUCAUCUCCGGCGCUGCGGCCACGCCCAUCUGCCAGUUCGUCGAGUCCCCCCGCACCUUCCUCCACUCUGUCGACCCCCGCGUCAAACUGGUGUGGCUUUUGGCCCUUGUUGUCCUACCAGCCAGGUCAAAUAUCUAUAUGCGGUUUGGUUUGGUAGCAUGCCUUGCUCUUCUUUCAAUGUGGGUUCUGCCGAAUCAUGUUUGGAAGGAUCAACUUGGAAGGGUUACCCUUCUUUCAGGCAUCAUAUUCAUAAUGUUGGGAUUUGGUUCUGAUGGCGCGCCUUCGCUAGUCCAGACAAGAACUCCUCCCCCAUCUGUUCUAGGUGUGCCAAAUAUUCCUAGUUCCUUGAGUGGAUAUUCUUACACAAUCAUGAAACUAGGACCACUGCAGUUUACCAGGAAAGGCCUAUCAGUAGCGAGUACAUCGGCAUGCCUCUCCUUUGCGAUAUUCCAAAGUGCAAGUCUCUGCUUAACCACAACCACUCCUGAGCAGCUUGCUUCUGCUUUGUGGUGGUUUAUGAUUCCACUGAAGCUUAUUGGUGCGCCAGUACCCGAGAUAAUACUUACACUGCUAUUAUCUUUGAGGUUCAUUAAUCUAGUAUUUGAUGAGGUUCGCAAUUCUGCACUGGCAAUCGUAACACGUCGGAUUGAUUGGAAAAAGCUGGCCACUAUGGAAACUAUAGAUAUUUUUUUCAACUAUGUCCAGCGAAUUUUCAAAAAUAUAUUUGAUCACGCGGAGCAAAUAUCCAAGGUCACGUCCUCCCACAAGUGGUGCCUUCCUUCACCAGUACUGCCGCAAAUCGUUGCUGUGCAAUCUCCCCCUGAGGGAUAAUCUCACCCUGAUGAACUUUUACCCCAGUUAUGUAGUAAUCCUAUGCACACUUAAUAACUGUUGCUGAGACAGUAAUACCAACCACUACUCUGUUUUUAUUGCCUGUGCAUGCAUAUAUCCAUCACUAUUAGCUAGUCUAUAGUUAACAGCGGCUUUUUUAUGCGAAAAUAGUCCUGGUUGUGUUGUCUUAGGAUGGAUGUCCGAGAGGUAAACUGAAACAGGCAUGGACUUCACUGGUUGUGUAUUAGGAAUGCAUCUGGCCCAAACUGGAGUAGGAAUCACACAAGCAAAACAUGAUCAUCACAAGCUGUCUGGUAUUUAGAUGGCUUUUUGGCAGAAUUUGAUUGAGCAAUAACCGCUUAAAGAAACAAGCUGAAAGGAACAUUGAACACAGAUGCAUCCUUAAUCAAUAAUGUAGUCUCAUUGAUAUGGGUAGCUCAUAAGAAUGGUGAAAUUAGAUUACAUCAUGGGCGAUAUACUGUAUUUCAGGCGCAUAACUUCGUCUAAAUCAUCAUACUUGUAUGGAAUCUACUUAUAUGGACCCCAUAUGUAACAUGACAUUACUUUGUAACAUCACUUAUACUUGAUUUCC